AUGUCCUGUUUAUAUUUACCAAAUUUAAUUAACUUUUUAAAUAAUGAUAUCAUUGAUAAAAUCAAUGAAAAAGAGAUUCAAUAUAACCAACAACAAAAAAGCAACGAAAUUAUAAAUAAAUUAUUAGAAUCAAAUAAAUACACAUUAAAUCCAAACCUCAAAAUCCAAGAAGAUACCAAUAAAUAUCAAAUUACCGCUUUGUUACCUAAUUUUAAUAAAGAUGAAGUUAAUAUUGAAGUUAAAAAUGGUCGUUUAGUCAUUUCAGCCUAUAGAGAAGAACCAAACAACAAUACCAACGAUAACCAAGAUGAAUCAAUUACAAUCAAGAAAUAUAAAAAAACAAUUGACAUUAGUAACAAGAAUUUAGAUAUUCAGUCAAUUAAAGCUUCAUAUAAUAAUAAUACUCUUAAUAUAAUUAUUCAAAAAUUAAAUGAUAGUUUAUCUCUUAAAAUCCAAAUAGAGUCUUAA